CAUAUACACUCACGAGUCGACUCAGCUCAGUUUUUCCGGCCCUAAGUAAGCUGGCAUCGCGUCAGUUUAUUUUGAACCCCCGCCAAGCUCAAGUCACUUAAAAUUCAGAGCUCAUUCGCGAGAUAAGCUGUGACUUGAUUCGUUGUGUAAUUUUCGGUUCGGAGUGAGACUUCUUUUUUUGCAAAUCAAUAUGGCUACUAAGAUCCCGAACGCCAUCUUUAACAAUGGCAAGAGCAUCCCGAUGAUUGGACUGGGAACGUGGGGGUCCCCGCCCGGUCAGGUCACGCAGGCCGUGAAGGAUGCCAUCGACAUCGGCUACAGACACAUCGAUUGUGCCCAUGUGUACCAAAACGAACAUGAAGUUGGGGAUGGAGUUGAGGCCAAGAUUAAGGAUGGGACAGUUAAGAGAGAGGACAUUUUCAUCACGAGCAAGUUGUGGAACACCUUCCACCGACCGGAGCUGGUCGAAGGAGCUUGCAGAAAUACUUUGAAGAAUCUCAAGCUUGAAUACUUGGAUUUGUAUCUGAUUCACUGGCCCGUUGGUUACAAGGAAGGUGACGAUCUAUUCCCGAUGCAGCCGGACGGAAAGAAGUUUAUUUUCUCCGACGCGGAUUACGUCGAUACCUGGAAGGCGAUGGAAAAGCUGGUCGAUGAUGGACUGGUCAAGAACAUCGGCCUGUCCAACUUUAAUCGCAAGCAGGUUCAACGCGUUCUGGACGUGGCCAGGAUCAAACCCGUCACGAACCAGAUCGAGAAUCAUGCGUACUUACAUCAGGCCAAACUGUGCGCAUUUUGCGCUGAAAAGGGCAUCAUCGUUACCGCGUACAGUCCUCUGGCUUCCCCGGCUAGACCGUGGGUCAAGGACGGCGAUAUCGUUCUUCUUGAAGACGAAAAGUUGAAGUCGAUCGCCGCGAAGCACUCGCGCGAUCCGGCCCAAAUUUUGAUCCGCUACCAGAUCCAGCAGGGCCACGUGGUCAUCCCGAAGUCGGUCACCAAAGCCCGGAUCGCGUCCAAUUUCGACGUUUUCUCGUUCGAACUGGACGCGGAAGAUGUGAAGCUGCUGGCAUCGCUGGAACGCAACGAGCGCAUCUGUCCGGAGUUUGGAUCCUUUGGACAUCCGCACCAUCCGUUUGAGAAUGAGGAGUGUUGAAAAUUCUUUUAUUUAAAAUUAUUGCAGAUAAAUAUUCUGUGUGAAACUC